AGUGCUGGCCGAGGUGGCCAGGACACGGGAGAGCAGCGGGGACAGACGGACGGUGCGGAGGACAGAGGUGCCCACCGACGCCGUCCAGAUGCCCAUCCUGAAGAGCCUCGGGGUGACGGAGCCCAAGGUGCCCCGGGCGGGGACCCUGCCCCUCCGCUCCUCUCGGAACCCCUUCGAGGAAGCUCCGGCGCUGGGGGACGAGGUCCGGGAGCUGGGGAGCCUGCCCAAUGGCCCCUCCUGUCGCCGCCGCGCCACCCUGGAGAAGCUGGCCGGCCUGGCCCCCUUCCGGCUGGGCUGGUCCCCGGGCCGGCGGGCGGGCAGCCCUGGGGACGGGCAGCCCCGCUCCUUCCUGGGCCGGGUGCUGGCCCCGGGGCUACGCAGGAGCUCGGCGGACUUCGGCCUCCUGGCGCGGCUUCAGGGCAGCCGAGGUCACGGCGGCGGCGGCAGUGGUGAGGAGGAGGCGGUCGGCGAGGCUGCCCGCAGGCUGGCCUUCCUGCGACUGGGCCGGGGGCCCAGGCCCCGGCGGGCAUCCCUGGCCGAGAGGGUAGUGCCUGCGGGCGAGGCAGCUCCCGAGCCCCCGCCCAAGGUCCCAGAGCCCCCCAAGAUGAAGGAGCCGCUGUCAGUGCUGGAGAUCCUGAGCCUGAUCCAGCAGCGCGAGCUCGCGCGGGCCGAUGAACACAUCUUGGAGCUGGAGGCCGAGGAGCUGGCGUCGUCGGGGGGCGGCGCCCCGGGGCCGCCCAAGGCCGAGGGCGCGGGCGGAGGUCGCCGCGCGCGGGACGUGGCGCUGCUGUACGAAGCCCUGCAGCGCGAGCUGUGGGCGCUGGUGCGGGAGACGCUGGCGGGCCCCGGGCCGGGCGCGGGCGCCGGGGCGGGCGCCGUGGCGCAGCUGGGCCAGGUGCUGGUGCAGGAGGAGGCGGCCGACGGGCGCCGGGGGCCCGCGGCGGCCCGCAAGCUGCGCGCCCGCUGGGCCGAGGCCGUGGCGCGCGCGGCGCGGGAGCGCCUGGAGGCGGCGGCGCCCGGGGCGCCCGGGGGCCUGGCCGGGCAGCUGGAGGCGCUGCGGGCGCGGCUGCUGGAAGAUAUGGCCGUGGUGCGGGGCCGCCUGGCGCCCGCCUACCCCACCGGCCUGGGCGCCUUCGGCGUCUACCUGCGCGGCUACCACGGCGCGCUGGCCGAGUGGCUGGGGGCGUCCGCCCGCCGGCGGCUGCCGCUGGCUGACCGCUACGCGCUGCUGCACUGGCACAACCAGGUGUACCCCAGGGAGGUCCUAGGGCUGGUGGACAUGGUCGCCUUGGAGAACGGGGAGCUGGGGCCCCUCCUGUCUGCCGGCACCCUGCGGGGGCUGGAGGAUGAAUGUGUCACGGAUGUGAAGGCUCAGACGCGGGGCGCGCUCCUCCGGGUGCUGCAGGAGGACGAGGAGCACUGGGGCAGCCCGGAGGACCCCCCCUGCAGCCUGGCCCAGGAUGUGUGCGAGCUGCUGGAAGAACACACGGAGCGGGCGCCCCGCAUCAGCCAGGAGUUCGGGGAGCGGAUGGCCUACUGCUGCCUGGGGGGGCUGGCGGAGUUCCUGCAGAGCUUCCAGCAGCGGGUCGAGCGGUUCCACGAGAACCCAGUAGUCCGGGAGCUGCCGGCCGACACCUACAUCAGCAGGACCAUCGCCUUGGUCAACUGUGGGCCCCCCCUGAGGGCUCUGGCCGAACGCCUGGCCAGGGUGGGGCCCCCUGAGUGUGAGCCGGCCCGGGAGGCCUCGGCCAGCGCCCUGGACCGUGUCACCGGGCUGUGCCACCGGGUCCUGGCCGACCUGCUGUUCCAGGAGCUGCAGCCGCACUUCAGCAAGCUCAUGCGCCGGAAGUGGCUGAGCAGCUCGGAGGCCCUGGACGGCGUGGUGAGCACGCUGGGCGCGCAGGCCCUGGCGCUGCGCCGCAUGCAGGAUGAGCCCUACCAGGCGCUGGUGGCCGAGCUGCACCGGCGGGCGCUCGUCCAGUACGUGCGACCCCUGCUCCGCGGGCGCCUGCGCUGCCGCUCGGCGCGGACCCGAAGCCGCGUGGCCAGGAGACUCCGCGAGGACGCGGCGCAGCUGCAGAGGCUGUUCCGGCGCCUGGAGUCCCAGGCCUCGUGGCUGGACGCCGUGGUGCCGCACCUGGCCGAAGUCCUGCAGCUGGAAGACACGCCCAGCAUCCAGGUGGAGGUGGGGGUGCUGGUGCGGGACUACCCAGACAUCAGGCAGAAGCACGUGGCGGCCCUCCUGGACAUCCGGGGCCUGCACAACACCGCGGCCCGGCAGGAGAUCCUGGCCGUGGCCCGGGACCUGGAGCUCUCCGACGGGGCAGCCCUGCCCCCGCCGCGGGACCGGGCCUUCUUCGCCGACAUCCCUGUGCCCCGCCCAUCUUUCUGCCUCGGCCUCCCCUUCCUCCUGGGCCGCCUGCCGCUCAGCUGGCUGUCCAGGCCCCGCCUCGCCUGUCUGCCCCUGCGGUCCCGGGCCCAGCACUGAGGGGCCCCGUUCUGCCCCCACUUUGCUGCUGACGCCCCGCCCUCCCGUGUGGCCCGCAAGCCCCACCCCCUACGGAAAGGUUCCCUAGAGCCCCGCCCCCAAGGAGGGAAACCGAGGCUGGGUUCCCAGCACCCCCUCUGGCCCGGGGCAGGGGUGGAGUGGGGGGUGGCCUUCUGGAAGUCUACAGAAAUAUCCCAGCCCCCCCCCCUUCCCCUCACCUCAAGGUCUGGCCCCAAUCCAGAGUGGUAAGGAAUGUUCGAUACUUAGAAUAAAGAGGUUUCUAUUUAA